AUGUCCGAGGACCUCAAGGCGCACGCCGCCUCCAGCCAAGACUUCUACGCCCUACUAGACCUCUCGCCAGCCGCCAGCGAGUCCGAAAUCCGUCGCGCCUACCGACGAACCGCAUUGAAAUACCACCCCGAUAAAAUCUCCAAUCCAUCCCAGUCAGAUUUCGAAAAGUUCCACCUCCUCCAAAUCGCCAACGAUGUUCUCUCCGACCCGUCGGUGCGGCAGCUCUAUAACAAUGCGCGCGAGGCGCGCAUGCGCAAGCAGCGCGAGCGGGACAUGAUGGAUGCCGCGGAGCGCAAGAUGCGCGAGGAUCUAGAAGCUGGUGAGCGGGCAGCUGCUGCGGCUUCGAGGAGUGGUCCGCAGGGCGUUAAGAGACCGUGGUCGAGCGCUGCGGACGAUGCGACGGAGCUAGAGCUCCAGCGAAAAAUCGAACAGAUCCAGGAAGAUGUGCGUCGCCGACGAGUGGCGAUGCAGGAGAAGAGGCAACGGGAGAUAGAGGAGGAGAAUAAGCAAGCGCAGAAGGUGGAAGAGGAGGAACCAUUGGCCCAGCAGCCUGCGCAGCGGACUGGUCGGCCUCACGAAGGCAGUGUUUCGGAGGAAGAUCGAUCGGUCAAGGUACGCUGGGCUCGUGAAGGGCGGGGAAUUGAUCUUGAUGCACAAUGGCUGAAGUCACUGCUUGCGCCAUUUGGAAAGGUCGAGAACACUGUGAUGCUUAAAGAUAAACGAGUGCGCGUCGAGGGCAAGAAGGGCAAGGUUACCCUCGGCACUGGUCUCGCUGUCUUCGCGUCUAUCGUUCAUGCCCAUGCCGCGGUGCUGGAUAGCAAGCUGAAGAUUCGCCAGGCCGAUGGUGACUGGGCUCUCGUUGAAUCUGUGUCGUGGGCCUUUGGUAGCGGGCCCGAUCUGAAGUCCAGCGCCAACAACGAUAGAACGACAACGUUCGAAGAGCCAUCAUCUACGAAGAACUCAAUACCGUCCACUUCCACUCCAUCUUUCACAUUUCCCGCGUCGAAACCGGCUCCGAAAGAUGGCAAAGCCCCUACUUUCGGCUCGUUCGCCUCUGCGGCCGCAUCCAUGAAUGCUCCCAAUGCAUCAUCUUUCAAACCAUCUCCUGGUAUUGUGCCUAGCUUUGAGGAAGCGACGCUCAUGCGUUUAAGAGCUGUACAGCGAGAAAAGGAAGAGCGGAAGGCCCUCGAAGAGCAACUUGCGAGGGAAGAUGCAGAGGCCGAUGCUGCAGAGGCCAAAGCUAAAGGCUCCUCAAACACAGCCUGA